AUGUAUAAUUUACGCUAUGAAGAUUUGGCUCAAAAGUUGUAUAUUGAACAGGAAAAUGUAUUAUUUGGCGAUCUUAAACGAAUUGUAAUCAAAAGUUUUAACUUAUCCCCUAUUCAAAACAUAUAUAUUGCCAAUAAUCCAUCAAAAUACGAUCAAGAUAAAAUCAACUUAGCAAGCUUUCCGCAGAAAACAAUUAGAUUUAUAAAAGGAGAUAUAGAUUAUCCUGAUAACAUUACCCCAGAGGUUAUUAUUGAUCAAUUUAAAAAUAUUUAUGAAAAAGGGUCAGAAGACUAUGAAAUAGUUUUUAGACUUGGUAACAUCAAGAAACCAUUCUCAAAAAUUAAAUUAGAGGACAUAUUUUCAAAUUGUUAUUACGUUGAAAAAAAAAAUUUUUCAACAUUUGCAAAAACAGAAUUUGACUACAAAUUAUUCGAAACCAAGUCGGAUAUCAAUUCAUCCAUUGUAAAAGAAAUAAAAAAACAAAAUAAUGUUGAAAUUUUAAUUUCAACUUUUAACAAUGUUAAAAUAGUCAAAAGGAUAUCAAUGAGUCCUAUUAUACAGAAAAAUCAAUUAAUUGAAUUAAUUAAAAAUAACUUUCAGAAUCAGCCUGGGAAGAUAUUUUUGAAGACUCUUACGACUGUAGUUGAGAUUGUUGAUCAAAAAGCAUACCGAAUUCGAGCAGAGAUGGAAAUAUUUUUCAUAUCAAAAGAAUUUAAUUCUUCGAAAGCUCCAGAAAAACAGUCAAAUAUUCAGGAAAUACCUCAAGCAACAGUUAUCCCUCAGCCUGUUGUCAUAAGUUCUCCUCCACCAGCAAAAUCCAUUCCCGUUUCUCCAUCUUCAGUCGAUCUUGAUUCGCCACUUGGCAAAUUUGAACCUAAUUUUCGUGCUGUUUCAGAUUUAUUAGCUCAGUAUGAAAAUAAUUAUUUAUUAGCUCAAGUCGCUUAUAUUCAAUGUAAUGACGUUAAAGAGGCAGUUGCUAAUGUCAAAGCAAACAGAUUUGACUCAAGCUGGCUUGAUAAAAACAUUUUAACGGCGCUCAAAAUAAUUUCUGUAAAUGCAGAUCAAGAAAUAAUUGAAGUCAUGAAUGUUUACAAAAGACUGAAUAUGAAUCGACCUUAUCCUGGUCGGUUAGAAUCAUAUUUCGAAAUUUCACCACAAGAAGUCAGUAUAGUUUUAGAAUAUAAAGAUUCUCUUUAG